AUGAACUUGGCACGUAUGUUUCAGUGUCUCGCGAAUGCGGUGGACUCCCUUUGCGAGUGGUACUGGACGACGCCUCUGAUUUCUCGCGAUUUCUCGCGCUUCUUCCCGGAGAUCACGUCCUAUUCUUCUAAGGGCCAAGAGUUCCAGUUCGUCUAUAAGGCACGCCUCCACCAGCAUGAUUGGUGCCUCACUUUCCUGGCAAGGAUCACGGUGAAUGGGGCCGAGGGAGACUCCAUCGUGGUGAAGUUUGUGGACAGGUACGGGAUCGAGCCACAUGAGCUGUUGACAUCGGAGGAACUGGCACCGCGCCUCAUGUACUUUUCGGACCUCGCGAAGAGACGUCCGGGGCACUGGUACGAUGGGUUUGGCAUGGUAGUGAUGGAACACUUGGAGGGAACAACGUUGGCGGACAAGUAUGCGAGAUCAGUUGUUUCGGACGAUGUGCGGGCCGCCGUCACAAAGGCAAUCGGGAUUCUCGCAGGGAAAUAUUUGGUGCGUGGGGACCUAAGGAGGUCAAAUGUGAUGGUUCUGAAUGGUGAUGGGAAGGAGCAGGUGAGGAUCAUCGACUUUGAUUGGUCAGGAAGGGCAGAGGUAGUGAGGUAUCCUCUGUUUCUGUCAUCGUCGGUGUUCCCUGCUGAGUUGGGAAUCCGCGACUUUGAGCUGAUCGAGAAAAGCCAUGAUGUUGUCAUGGCGGAGAGGAUGUUUAUUAGGUGA